AUGGACAUCGCCUCCAUCGUCUAUCGCUCUGCUGAUGUCGACAUUCCUGAGCGUCCGGAGAUAUAUGUCGACGAGAAAGCAGAGCUUGCAAAGUCUCAGCCCCGACCUCUAAGAUCCCCACGACCCGUAGGGUCAUCCGAGGACGUGGAGGAGAUUGAAUCGGCUUCCCCAGAGAUUCAUCCUGCAUUCGAUUCCGAGUCUGACAAAAGCUUCAACACUAAGAGGAGCAAGCAUGAGUCCUACGAUCUUUCGGGCAGCGUCUUUCUCAUCUCCCGCCAGGGGAAGACGCUGAAUUUACCAAUACCGUCGGACAGUCAGCAUGACCCUUUGAACUGGAGUCCGUGGAAGACGUGUGCUGCAAUGGUAGCUGUAGGCUGGUACUCCGCUACCGCACUCACCGCUGUGCAAGCAGUGAGUCUGAUGAUGGACGGUAUUAUUCCUGACUUCUCUCACGAGAUGAUUGUACCCUGGUCCCCAGAGACUCUGACAACGGCGCCCACACUAUUCAUGGGAAUCGGUGCAUUCCUCUGGGUACCCUUGAGUCUUGCCCUUGGAAGACGUCCAGUCUUCCUCCUCGCCGCGCUCCUUGACUUCUUCGCUAUUCUCGGAGCUGGAUUCUCGCAGACAUUCUACCAAAUCUUGGGAUGUGUCUGUCUGCUCGGAAUAGGCGAAGGCCUGGGGCUAAGCUUGGCCUUCCUGAUGGUUGUCGACAUGACCUUCAUCGACCGGCGACCCGUGGCAAUCGCAACCCUUUGGUCCAUCGCCGGAUUCUUCGGCACUGGAGCCUUAUGCCUAGUUCCCAUUUUGUCCGAAGGUGGGAAGGAGUGGCAUCUGUUCUACUUCCGAUGGGCUUGUCCUUCUGCCAUUGCCCUGGUCCUCGCCUUCUUUCUUUACCCAGAGACAUACUUCAAGCGACCAACGGUAGCCUUCGAUGGCAUGAUACUCAUGCAGAGCGCAACUGAGAAGCUGACCAUAUAUGAGGAUCUGGAGGCGGACUCCGAUAUCUACAGAGAUCUUCCCAGCUUUGACACGGAGAAUCGAGGGCUACUCUAUCGUCUCGGCCUUGCUCGCUCCCCGUCUGGAUCCUGGAAAGCUUUCGGUCGCUGCUACUUACAAAUGUUCUUCUGCGCCGUCAAUCCUUUGAUUUUCUGGGUGCUUAUUGCGUCUGCUUUCAACUUUACCGGCAUGAUGUUCAUCGGAGCCACCUUCGCAACGAUUUUGGACGCACCUCCGUACAAUCUACCCUCGUACAAGGUCACCCUCGUCAAUUUCUCCUCCGGCUGCGGCAGCCUUCUCGCCUAUUUCUUUGCAGGGUGCUUGAUGUGCAAGGCGCUUACUUUCCUAUCGAAACGCAAUAAAGGUGUCCGCGAAGCUGAGCAUUACCUCAUCGGUUAUAUCGUCCCUGUCAUCACUGGCGCGACCAGUACGCUUCUUUACGGCCUAGCAGUUCACUACAAAUGGCACUACUCUGUCUAUUACGUUGCAUAUGGGCUGAACGGCCUCUCUUACGUCUCCCUCGCUAUCGGAAACACACUAUGGGUCACGGAAGCCUUUCCACGAUGGGCUGCUCCAGCGCUGGCUGUCGUUUCUGGCGGAAGCUACUUGUUGAGUUUCUGCAUGAGCUUUACGCUUGUACCCUGGAUUGCCGCACACGGCCAUCUAUUGGUAGGCAUGGAGAUUACGGUGUUACAACUUGUGGGUGGCAUGAUCGCGUUGCCGAUUGCUUUCUGGGGGAAGAGCGCAAGACAAAAGAUUCACGGCAGUUGGGCAAAUGAACGCAGCGGGGCUUUGAGGCCGUUGUGA